AGAUCCCACUUUUAUGAUCUGGAAGCAACCAAAAAGUAGACUGCCAUUCAUCUGAUAAAGUCGUCGAACUCUCCUAUCUGACCUUUCAAAUCCACAUUCCUAUCAAGCCAGACUCUAAUUUCAGAUAAAAUCGUCGAAUCCAUUGGUCUGACUUUCCAAAUUCACAUUCCUCAGAAGCCGGACCCAAAUUUAAGGAAUGGAGUCUGUUCCCCGGUUUGGUGAUGAAAUUCCUGAUGCAGAUAUAUUCUCUACUUUUGAUUUCAUUUCCGAGAAUUCAACUGGAAGUCGUUUAUUCUUAUCUAACGUUGGAAAUGAUACAGAAAAUAUUACACAAAGUAAUCUGAUCAAGCGUCUUCAACCGUACAUGAACAACAGGGCUAUUGAUGACAAUGCCCUGAUAGCUCUUCUUAUAGCAUAUGUAAUCCUUAUAAUUACUGGAGCUAGUGGAAAUGGAUUAGUUUGCAUGGCUGUAGCAAGAAAACCUGCUAUGCGUACAGCUCGGAAUGUUUUCAUCAUCAAUCUCGCUAUAUCGGACUUGAUUUUAUGUCUUUUUACAAUGCCAUUUUCUCUUGUUGAGAUAAUGAUGAAAUUUUGGCCCCUUGGCGUUUUGACCUGCAAAUUAGUGGCUGGGUUGCAGGCUACUAGUAUAUUUGUUAGCACCAUAAGCAUAACAGCAAUUGCUCUGGAUCGAUACAAAGUAAUCGUUUACCCUACCCAAGAUACUUGCCGUCCACUGCGUGCUUUCUUGACCCUAUCUUGUAUAUGGAUUAUAGCACUGCUAUUAUCUACGCCAUUAUUCCUGUUUAGAACAGUCGUACAUUUUCCAGUAAAACUUCCUUUUCUGGAGUCUGUGAAUUACUGUAUUGAGCGAUGGCCGAUUCAGCAUGGCAGAGGCUUUUAUUCUGCCUUUUCCAUGUUUUUCCAGUACUUGCUUCCAAUAUUCAUUGUUAGUCUAGCAUAUGCUCGAAUAUGCAAGAAGCUCAAAUACAGAAUGGUUGCGAAGGGUACAAAACUUCAAGACAAACAAGCUCGGGAUAAAAAGCGCGUUAAGAAGACUAACAUCCUUUUAAUUUCAAUAGCUCUUAUCUUCGGACUGAGCUGGAUGCCCCUGAAUAUCCUGAAUGUCGUGGCUGAUUUCUUUUAUCCCUUCUCUGAUACAUCCACCUUUCGCAUUGUGUUUGCUUGCUGUCAUAUGGCUGGUAUGAGCUCUGCAUGCUCAAAUCCUCUGCUCUAUGGAUGGCUGAACGAAAAUUUCAGAAAGGAAUUUAAGGAGAUCUUUGCUAGUUGUGUCAAACCAUCUCCCCCAAGAGUCAAAAUUACUGCGGGAAACGAGGGUACUGAAUCUUUUGUGUUAUGCACUAAAAACCAAACAAACCAAACUACUAUUCCUAAUAAUCAGCCUCCUGCGGAUACUACAGUAAUCGAUGGUGUGGGGGUGCGUGCAAUAAAAUGACUAAAGAAGUACCAUGACUCCCCGGAAUCCGAUUUCGUUUAGUUAAAAUUUGCAAGAAGAAUUCUUUAGUUUUAAACUUUCAGUUUCCUCGAGAUACAAAUUACCAGUGGCUGAACCUAGCUAAAAUUUCCAUGUGAUAUACAUGUUCUAUUGGUUUUCUUCAUUUAUUGCACUAAAUUUUAAAGCUAAUUUUCUAGCAUAAAAACAAUUGUUUAAAAAAUUUUUAAGAAGUAAAAUGACUUAAAUAAUGUUUAAAAAAACCCAAUUAAAUAUAUAUUUCUUUAUUGCCUGGAAAACUGAAGAAUGGAAUGACCAUUUUUAAAAAAAGUGAUUUCCGUAAGUAUGUGUUAAGAAAAUGCAUUAAUACCCUGAAAUUAUUAUAUUAGAGCGCAUAUUAUGCGUGAUUCUGAACUUUAUAUCCUAUUUUCCUAAAUUUAUAGCUGACAAAACAUAUCGGUAGUAUAUGUACUGUUUUAUCCGUCUUCUCACAUUUUAGUUCGGAACAUUAGGUCGUUAGGUGAGAUUUUCGUAACAGAUUUCCUCUUUUAACUCUUUCAAUCUCUAUUAUGCUGUAAAAUGUUUUAAUGCAGUAAAAUGAGCAUUCGCUAAGUAAAAUAUCUUUAUGCUCAUUCUUCUGUAUUACAUUUAAGAGAAAGAAAAAUAACAGCGUGUUUCAAAAAACAAGGUGUAGUGUUCAAAAAACACUGUUAGUAUUUGAAUCUUCUAUUCAUAUAUAAACAUUAUUAUAAAUGUGAUGUACAGUUAAUUUUGGUUAAUCGGGCAACUAUUUAUGAAAGGACAAAUCUUGAAAAACGUUACAAUUCUGUAAAAUAGCUGAGGCGUCCGAUGAUAGUUUCGAAGAACAUGUUGCUUGGUUUGAACAUACCCAAGCUGAAUGAUUUGGUGACUUAAGUGCAUGAAAAAUAGAAAAACUAGAGGAAUAAUUGAUCUUAAUUACAUGUUUAAAAAGCUUAAAAGAAACUUAUUUUAUGACUUUUUGCAGAGGUUUUUCUUAACAGUUUCAUCAGAAAUUGAUGACGACGCAUCUGCAAUUGGACUGAUCGACCGAUAAAUAUGUCAUGCAGAAAGACAAUGAGGACAUUUUAAAUGACUUCUCGGUAUUAUUUUAUGAAUUAGAUAUUCGUGAUUUCACAGUUAGUCAAAUUGCACAGCAAAUUUAUUUUAUAAAAAUUUUUUGUGCAAAAACCUCUUCGAGAAUACAGCAGAAUGCACAUAUAUAUUUUCUGCAUGCGAUAAUUACUACAAAAUAAGACACUUUUUAUGCUAUAUUUUUGUUCUAAACUCUUGUAGUCGGGUAUUAUCUGGUAUUUCGUUUAAAACAAGUAUUUUUCUCAGUAAAUCUCGGAUAUUUUUAGCUCGGAGAUUUGAUUUAAAUAAAAGGCCAGAAUGAGAAAAAAAGAGUUUAAUUAUCAUAAACACACUGUUUAAAUACUAAACAAACCACACAAGUAACUGCAAUAUCUGCAAACUGCAUAGCUACCGCUAAUUAUAUGUGACAUCUAAUUUAGCACUUUCAGUUCAGGCUUACAUAGGCAUUUUAGGCAGCGUAAGGACGCUGCCUAAAAGUAUAUUUGUAUGCCUAAAAAUAAAUAGAUACCAAUGUAUCGUUGAUUUUUUCAUAAAGUUUCUUUCUAUGUCGUACUGAAGUACUAUGUUUAUUUAGGUAGCCUCUUAUUAUUCUAAUCAGACACAAAUUAAAUCUAAUCAGAACCGUAUGCUAAAAAUAUCUAAAACGUGUAUACACCUAAAAGUUAUUUUUACAAACGCAUUAGAUUCUAAACAACACAGCAUUAAAUACUUUUCACGAGAGUAUGCACAGAUAUUAUCUGCAACACGUGCAAUUGCAGAACACGUUUUACCUAUCGUAAUCUCGUAACCAACAUUACAAUUAUUCUUGAUGUUAUUGCUGUGCUUUAACUACGUGAGUUUUCAUAAUACAACUUCAAGUUUGCCUUCCUGUUUCAUUUAUAUUUUAUACUGAUAUUAUCAGAAAAAUGCUGGGGGAAAACGACAUUUAUUUUCUAAUUUUCAGUAAACACUAUUGCGUUUAGUUUUCUGCAAGUAUCCUUGCACAGUUUCUUAAUUAAUUUAAUUUUUAUCUUUCUUUUCCAAGUUUAAAGAGCUCUAGACAGCUCUCUGUGGUUCAAACUUUUGCGUUUUUUCAGAUAAUGAGUGACAUUUGUAAUACAUUUUAAAUACCGUAUGUGAUAUUUGAUUAUGUUUUACAUUUCAUAACUACUUUUUAUCAUUUGUAAAUAUUUCAAGAAUUAAAAUUAUUCUUGAAAUAUUUGUAUUACAGAUUUUUCAAUUUAAUUAACUUUUUUGGCUUUCAAAUAUGUCAUUUAGUUCUUAAUAAGUCCAAUGUGUUUAGCGCACCCCGAACAUUAAAAAACUAUAUUUAUCAACUUAUAUAAAUGUUUUGAUACUUUUUAUCUCUUGUGUUAUCUCUAUGUACGAUUUUUGAUAGAUCUUUUCCCUUGAUCAUGUAAUGUAUUUAUAAAGUAGUCAUUCAUAAUGAGAAUUACAUGGCAUCACUUCCAGUUAUAUAACAGGAGAGUAAUAUUUCGAUAAAAAAUAUGAAUAUGAAUGAAUUUUAUAAUAAAGUUGAAGAUUAAUGUAAAUAAUCACAUCUUAUUAAGAGGAAUAAAUGUCAAAACUGAGCGUUGUACAAAGUAGUUAAAGUUAUUAGCAUAAAAUCUUAAAAUUCUAUAUGCUGUUAGUGAUGUCAGAAUUUUUUCAGUCAUCUUUAAAAACUGAGUAAUCUGUUAGAAACCAAGCUUGUUUUAUAUAAACUUAGAUGUAUAAAUAAUAUGUGUGUAAACUGUAUUUGUGAAAUACGAAUAAGUAUGAAAAUUUCAAAUGUAAUUUCGAGCUGCUCUUGUAUAUGCAGUGUGUUAUAUAAUAAUGUUAUAAUAUUUAUUGUAAGGUGAUAUGCGUGCUUUCUAAGUGUAAUAUAAUAUUGCAUGUGUUACUAAUGAAGUAGUAUAAAGCAUACUGGUUCCUUGAAACUUAUUCGUUUUGUCAUGAACCAUAAUGUAAGACUGGCUCAUCCUGCAUAUUAUAAAAGUACCUCACAAAUAAGUAAGAGUUUCGUUGUAAGAAUGACUCACAUGUAAGAGUAUGGCAUGUUUUACAUAAAAAAUAAUUAAAUGGCCUAUGAACUAUAUCUUGAGAUGAAAUUAAAUGAUCACGUCUGCCUUGAAUGAAAUAAAUAAUAGAAAAAUUUAAAACGCUAUUUAUAUGCAUUUGACUGUUAGGCUUGCAUAUGAGAAGGGCAUAGUUUUCAGAGAAAGAAAGCAUUUAAAUGAAAAGUAUAGUUUUAUAUUAGGUCAAAUCAAAUAUAUUCGUUCUUUUUUUAAUCUUUAAUAGUUAGUAAUUUAAAAUUUUAGUGUAUAGCUAUAUAAUACAAAAGCAUAAAAAUAAAUUAAACCGAAAUUAACAUAUAAAAGGUAAAGGAAAACACAAGUGAUUAAUUCUAAAAACGACAAAAUUUUUAAGAAUAUUAAGAAAUUUUAAUUAAAACUUAGUCUGUAUUAAUAACAAUAAAUCAAGGUAAGAAAUAUGUCUCCAUGAGCUCCCAAAAGUUUGCAAUUACUGUGUUUAUGCUUCAAAAGUCUUAAAUUCUUUCAAAUAAAAUUUGAUGUAGAAAAGGCUAAAUUAAAUAUGAACAGUUCAGUUUUUGAGAAACACUUUAUUUUGCGAAAAGCUUGCGCAGAUCUGAAACGUUUAAUAUAUGCAUCAGAAUUAAUGUGAAAUUCUUAUUUUACGGUUGCAAUAUUAGUUAACGAUAUCUAGGUAUGCAACAGGUUAACAUCGUAUUACCUCAAUUAUUAAGAACUGAGGAAUAUUUCUUUUGAAACUAUCUACACCGUCUGCAAAAGUGCUUACCUUAAAACUCUAGAGGAACUUGUUCUAUAUUACAGUGGAUCAAAGGCUUUCUAUUUUUAAGCGGUUUCAAGGCAGCAAAAAUUUGCCUUCCAACUAACAAACCAUGUUAACACGCAUUAAAAGUUAAUUUUUCCUGUGUUUAGAGAAUAAAUUUUAUUUUAAAAAAUUGUGCAAUAAAAUAAAAUUUUAAAUAUAAGAAAUUGAUUAAAACAAGUGUAUUAUUUACUUAAAAAUACCUUCUGCAGCAGUUAUGCCAAUCCUGAUCAGAUCAUUAUAAGCUGAAAAAAAUAUACCACAACAAUGUAAGCGCAUGCCAGGUAUGCCGCUAAAUCUAGUCGCAAUUAGGUAAUAUAGUGCUAUAUAACAAUAAAAUUUUACAAAAUAAAGAUGAAAUGCAUGCGGAACGCAACAUUAGUGUGCUCCCAUUAAAUUCGAACGACAAAAUAUUCAUAUGGUAGGUUAUUUUUAUUUUAUUAAAGGGAGUCGGAAAUUUGCGUAUACUUGGUAUUAUAUACAAAUAAUGAAAACAAAACAGAUGCAUCCUUCUUAUGCAUUCAUGUAGAAAAUGAAACAGAUUUAUAAACUUCUUUUAGAUAUGAGUUAAGCUGAUAUACCAAUUUUAAAACCAUCCUUAAAAGCGUUCUUCUGAAACUUACUAAAUUUUUAUGCGCCAAACCAUGCCACGUGGGCGAAAUACGUAGAGCUAUAAAGCAAAAUUUUAUCAAAUAUAUUCACUGCACUUGUUUAUAUAUUUCAGUUUGUAGUGCAUUCAUGGAAUAAUUCUAAACCGGCUCUAAAAGCAGUCGGUCAUGUAUGGCUUGUUGAAACGCUUUAAUUUAAUUAGAAACACAAAUAUGACUCAUUGCAGAUUCAUUAUCUAAACAAAAAGAAGUUUCAAAAUCCAAGACCAUUUCUAAAACGAUCUGAUUUCUAAUAUUUCAGUCAAAAGAAACAAAUCGCAUCUUUGAUGUCCAAUACUUAGAUGUAGAUUUCAGUCUUUAAAAUUCAGAUUUCUAAACUUAUAUGGGAGUUACAGGAGUGGAGAAAUAAAGAAAUUAGUGUUUUGUCAGAAGGUCUCGUUUUAUUAAAACUUGUUGAGUGAAUGCGUUUUAGAAAUUUAAUACUUUUGCAGCAAAAGAAAUGCAACAGCAGAAUAAAAGUACAAGCUCUAAAUAACGUAAAGGAGAUUCUCCUUGAAUAGUGAUGGGGAAAACGGAGUAAGUUAUACGGAUAAAUAAGAAAUAUUUUAAGAUUUUAAAGUAACAUUAUAAAUGUAAUGAUAUGAUGUCGAAGUAAUGCCUGAAGGAUACUGGCGUACUUAUACUUAUUUUCAUGAUUUUAUGUCAUAUUGUUAACUUACCAAUAAGCUUUUAUAAAUACAUAGAUAAGUAACUGAGAUAUUUUUAGAUUUUAAAGUAGCGUGAGAAGUGUAGUGAUAUGAUAUCGAAGUAAUGCCUGAAGGAUACUGGCGUAGUUAUACAUAUUUUCAUGAUCUUAUGUCAUGUUAUUAAUUUAACAAUAAAUUUUUAAUAAAUACAUUGUAAUAAAACGUGUUCUGAGUACAAGGCGAUAUCUACAUAUCUACAAUAACACCUAAGUUAACAAACAAUGAAAGAAUUUUAUAUGACCGUGCUACAAUUUUAAUAAGUGCUUCAAGGCAAGUGCUUCAAAGCAAGUCCCUCUAACAAUAUAAUCAGGUACGUAAAUUACAAUAAAUAACACAACAUUUCAUCCACUAUUAAUAUUUGAAAAUGCAUAAUUUGGAAGAUAAGGAAUUUUUAACGUGAAAAUUAUUUUUAAUGUAAAGCUUUCAGAAAGACGUAGGUAGUUAACAAGAAGUUUCAAUAACUCAUAAUCUUUCAUGUUUUGUCAUGAUUUGUUCAGUUGUUGUUUGAUUAAUUUCAAACAUUAAUAUAUGUAUAUAUAAAUUUAAUGUUGUAUGAAUUUUAUGCAUCUGCAUUCGCUUCUUGCAUUAUAUGAACUUUUAAUAAUGGUUUGCCAUUGAAGUGAAAAACAGUGGUCGUUUUGUGUUGCGCUCAAUGUUUGCAUGAUAUUUUAAGCAAAGAGAAAAAUAUAUGAUACUGUGACGGUGCAAGUGUUGUAAUCCUAAGUGUAUACUAAUAAGUAGAAAUAUCUGAAUGUCUAGAUGGGAAUAUUGUGUGUACAUUUUUCUGUCAUAAAUCUGUAUGUAAAAUUUGAAAUUAAACUGUAUUAUUUUCUGGUCAAAUAAAUGCUAAUAUAAAAUAGCG